CCGCAAGCGCAAGCUUCGUAUCUUCCCUCCUCCUCAAGUUCGCACUUGAAACUACAUUCAAAUAACUGCGGGAAAUCUGAACAACCGGUGCGUAGGGUGGUGCCUUGAGGUUAGUUUCGUCGUUCUGAUGGAGCAAGGCACGUCGAAAACACCUUGCCGAAGAAUUGGCUUGAGAAGAAUUACCAGUGCGUCCAAAUCAGACCCAUCAGCCAAGUCGACAGAAUGCAAGCGCCAGGCUGAGACACCCAAAUCAAAUGUGGGUUUGUUCCUCAUGAGUAACACCGGCAAGAUAGCAAAAGAUGUUCCUUCUCCUAUAUCUAGUGAAUCACCUGUCAUGCAAACAGACAACGAAUCUGCUCUGAAAGUUGAAAAUACACCGCAGACUGGCAGAAAAGGGGAUUCAAAAUUUCCCUAUCCUUUCAGUUCUCCUUGCAGUUCCCGUUCUGACACAAGUAAAGACAACAGUUAUUGUCAAGAAAGCAAUGCAAAGAAACUUAAACUAGAUUUGCCUGAAACUGUAACUGUUGAAGAGUUGCACACUCUACAAAGAAAAGUUGGAUUAAAGGAAAGACGACUCAAAGAAUUACGUCAAGCUGGAAUUAUUUGUCGAAAGCACAACCCAGACGACCUCCGAAGAGACAUUAAAGUCUGGCUUCAGGCUUGUCAAGCAGCGCUUCAGGAAUUACUCAGUGAAUUCCAAAGGAGAGGAGGUAACAUGGAUAUGACUAAAUUGUUGAGCGAGCUUGGUAUUCCUUCAACACUGGUUCAUUUUGAUCCUGAGAGUGGUGACUUUGAGUAGCUUGAGUUAAGUCAAUACUGUUUACUGCUAUUAUUCCAAUCCUUUCUUCUAAUCAAUGAAUUUUCAACUUUCUCAUUUAAGUCUUUUAACAUUUGGUAGUAAAAAUCAAGUAGAAUAACAAGCA